CAAAACCUGUAAAACCAGAGCAGUGUUUCGGGAAAAUGGCAGCUCAGUGUGUUUCCUCCAUUGCUUCCCCUUCUGCUCGAAGAUUUCCUUCGAAAAGGUCUCUGGCAAUGAUGGGUUUUCUCCGUCACAUAUCCAUAAAAUCUUAUAAACCUGUCUCUCUUCAGAAAAUCGCCCCAGGCUUCAGCACGCCUUCCUUCGGAAGAAAAAUUCUGAGAAACUCAUUUCAAGUGAGAUCAGUGGCUGCUCCAUUGGAAACCGUGAAUGGGUUUGAUGACAUGGUUUCUGGAACUCAGCGGAAGUAUUACAUGCUAGGUGGGAAGGGAGGUGUUGGAAAGACAAGCUGUGCUGCAUCACUUGCUGUAAAAUUUGCCAAUAACGGGCACCCAACCCUGGUGGUUUCAACUGAUCCUGCACAUUCGUUGAGUGACUCUUUUGCACAGGAUUUGACUGGGGGCACCCUAGUACCUGUUGAUGGGCUUGAUUCUCCACUGUUUGCACUUGAGAUAAAUCCUGAGAAGAGCAGAGAAGAAUUUCGCAGUGCAAGCAAAAAAAAUGGAGGAACUGGCAUCAAAGAUUUAAUGGAUGGCAUGGGCCUUGGAAUGCUUGUGGAACAGUUAGGUGAAUUAAAAUUGGGAGAGCUACUGGACACACCUCCUCCAGGUUUGGAUGAGGCCAUUGCAAUUUCCAAGGUUAUGCAAUUUCUUGAGUCACAAGAGUACAGCAUCUUUACUCGAAUAGUUUUUGAUACUGCACCCACGGGUCAUACCCUACGGCUUUUGUCCUUGCCAGACUUCUUGGAUGCAUCCAUUGGCAAGAUAUUGAAGCUUAAGCAGAAGUUAGCUUCAGCUACUUCAGCCAUCAAAUCUGUUUUUGGGCAAGAGCAAAACCAGCAGGAUGCAGCUGCUAAUAAACUCGAGCAACUAAGGGAAAGGAUGGUAAAAGUGCGGGAGCUUUUUCGUGACACUGAUUCGACAGAGUUUGUCAUAGUAACAAUCCCCACGGUUAUGGCAGUUAGUGAAUCAUCAAGGUUGCGUGCUUCCUUGAAAAAGGAAUAUGUUCCUGUCCAGAGGCUUAUUGUUAAUCAGGUUCUUCCCCCAUCAGCCUCGGACUGCAAAUUUUGUUCAAUGAAGAGGAAGGAUCAGAUGCGUGCACUUGAUAUGAUUAGGAAUGAUCCUGAACUCUCCAGCUUGACAUUAAUCCAGGCACCCCUAGUUGAUGUAGAGAUCAGAGGGGUUCCAGCUCUCAAGUUCUUGGGAGACAUUGUCUGGAGGUGAAUGCCACUAUGCAUACAGCAUGAAUGUUACCGGUUAUUACUGUUGCAUGGGUACCACUCACAGAGCAGAUGUUGAGGCUCUGUACACGAGGAAGGUGCACAGGUUUCUUGCCAGACGAUGAGGCCCAUGGAAGUUGAACCACACUUUUUGUUUUACAGCUUAUACUGAAGCAAGAUAUCUCGGUGGGAAAUAUUGGAACCGAGUGGCCAAACUAUGAAUCAACAGUUUUUUCUGUACUGUAAACUUCAUGCUGAUUCCUGUGUAUCAUCAGUGUGUCGCUAGAUGGAUGUUCCGAUGGAUCAGUAUGAUAAUUCUGAUGGGUUCUUGUCAUGUUACGAUUUGCUUGAUACACAAUAAUUGAAUGGAAUCGAAUUAGUCAUAACAAUUUUACAGUUUUGCUA